AUGGUAAGAACGCGAAGAAAUAAUCGAGCUACUUCUGUUGAGGCAAGUUCUAUUCCUAACAUGAAGAUCUGUCAAGAACCAACUAAAAUUCUGAACAAUGAACCCAAUCCAUCAUUGAAGGACAGAGUGACUUUAGACUCAUUAGCUAAUUCUGUUGAGCAAUUGACCCAAAUAGUCCAAUCUCUUGUUCAACGAUUGGAAAAUAAUGUCAGCUCUCCCUCUAAGGUGUUUAAGGUCUUUGGUUCCAAUUCUAAGACUCUUAACCAACAAAGUAGUGCGUCGAAUAAUUCAUUGUUGCUAUGGUGUAUUGAGAAGGCCAAGACAGAUCUGUCAAUUACUAAAAAAAGGAGAACAGAUUCACUUACUCCAAUCGAUAUUCCUGGAUUAGAGCUACCUAGUUGGGUGCAAGUCUGUUUUAGACCAACAGCUUCAAUGGGUUUGAACGAAACUGAACUUGCAAUUGCAGCAUACUUGUAUGGUAAUCAUUUGAUGGAUAACUACAAGGAGGAUAUAGUAAUUUCAGAGUUUACAGCUCGCAGAGAUGUAUUCAGGAGCUUGAUGCCAGGAAAGCCAAUCGUUUCUCUUGUGCUAGACUUAGUAGCAGAUAUGAUGAGCAUAGAGUUGACCAGAGAAAGUGGUUAUUGGUUUUUACCCACAACUUUUGCAGUAAGUAUAUAGGAGUGUAUACUAAAAUAAUAUUGGUAGUUGUUAUUUGUAUUGCGCAUAUAAACUAGUGGCUGAAAUAAUGUAGCUGUCAGAGAAGACAAAAUUGGAUCCUAAAAGUCUGCCACUUUGUAUCACAU